AAAUUUUCAUCCCCCCACCCCAAAUGGGUUGCAUUUUGCAGACAUCUCAGCUAUGGCAACAGAUCCAGUGAUCAAGUCUAAUGGAACAGUAGUGUUGAUUCCCUCUGAUGGUGCUAUCCAAGCAGGUCAGGAUUUCCCUGGACUUCAACCAGCAGGGACAGUGCAAUGCAUAGAAAAUGUAGGCCAACAGCCUGGAGGGUCCAACAACGAACAGCUUCAAGAAGAUUUGUUGAAGAAACUCCAUAAAAUAGAGAUCAAGACUCUGGGGGCCAUCCAGGUCAUGCUGGGACUGAUCUACAUUAGCUUGGGGACAAUUGUAAUUGUUCAUUUUCGUCGAUACUACAAACUUUUCACUUCUAUUACAGGCUAUCCAUUCUGGAGUGGAAUAUUUUUCAUUUUUUCUGGAUCACUGUCUGUGGCAGCUGAGAAAUACCCAAACAAAGCCUUGUCUGCAGGUACUGCUCUCGCUGUCCUUCUCCUCCUGCUCACCAUGCUGGAGUUAGCCAUCACUGUUUCCUUAGCACAUCUUGGGAUGAAGGCAGCCAGCAGCGACAUGUGCGAAGGCACUCAAAAUGACGUCACGCGCAUGCGCAGAAGCGGCGAAUCGCAACCCACGCACACGCAGAUGUGCAGUCGCAGGGUGCAUUCACUUCAAGAUGCGAACGGGGCUCCGGAAUGGAUCCUGUUCGCCUCCAGAGACAUUUCAGCUAUGACAACAGAUCCAGUGAGAAGACAAAAUGGAAUAAUAGCGUUCAUUCUUCCAAAUGGAGCCGACAUAAUUCAGGCAGGCCAGGGGAUCCAUGCUACCAUGGGGCAACAACCAGGAGUGGCACAAUAUAUAGACGAGCAGCUUGGAAGCAACCAACCUGAGCGGAAGCGUUGGGUGAGGGAACUGGAGAAGAAAGUAAAAGUAGAGGCUAAGACUUUAGGGGCCAUCCAGAUCAUGAUUGGAUUGAUACAAAUUGGCUUUGGGGUAGUCUCAUUUUUUCUUGUGGACUCAUUCUAUGCCCCUUUGGCCAAUGCGUCAUAUUUUCCAUGCUGGGGUGGAAUAUUUUUCAUUGUUUCUGGAUCCAUCUCUGUGUCAACUACAAAAUAUAGGAACCGCAGUUUGGUGAAAUGCAAUGUGGGAAUGCAUGUCACAAGUGCUACAUUGGCAACAAUUGGCAUAAUUCUGUACACAGCACAGUUGUGUAUAAAUCAACCCUAUUUUUUCUAUGGCUAUCCCGGUCUUUAUCCAGAGAGAACAUUGCUUUUCAACAAAGUAGGUAACGGGCUUUGUACUGUGCAUCUCCUGUUCUGCUUGCUGGAGUUCUGCAUCACCGUUCCAACAGCACAUUUCGGGUGUCAGGCAACCUGCUGUAACAAGAUGGACAUGGACCUUGUGCCCAUUGUUAUCAUUGGAGAUGAUGUGGCCCCUGCUGAAAACAAUCCAGCUCCACCAACCUAUUCUGAUAUAGUGCUUUCUCCAAGUGUUGAUGGUUAGUAAAGAGAGACAGGUUAUGGGAAGUGCUUCACCAGAAAUCAAGCUGAAGUAAAAUUCCAGAAAUAAAAUAAUAUUGAUUCUGCUCAAUACCUGCAAUUAUGUCUAU